GGCACAAAUUUUCAGCCUCCUACAGAAAGAAGAACCAUUUCUGGGACAGGUCAACUUGUCCGGAAUCCCUUACAGAUCAAGGGUGAUUCAGCUGCAAAGAACUUCCCAAGGGGGACAGACCCCACCUGAUACAUCAUGCCGAGAUGGCCCCUGUUCAUCGUGGCUUGCCUUCCUGUUAUGUUGCUCCUCCCACCAAGAGGCUCCACCCACUGCCAACGGUUCCCCAAGUCCACUUGUGAGCAGCACACUGCCUUUGUGCCUGGGUAUAAUCUGCUUGGGGAAGGAAUUGACAUCACCACACUGCAAAGAAAAGGGGCCUAUUUGGUGGACACCAGCCAAUGGCUGGGCCCAAACGAUACCUGCAUUCUGUGUCGGAACCACCUAAUGAAGGGCCAGCUACAGCGACUUCCUCUGGCCACCAUGGACUGGCGCGUACGCCCCUCAUGUGACCGUCAAGUGAGCAGUUUCGUAGCGCACUCUGAUGUCCAUGUGGCAAAAGUUCUGGCUGAGGAGGUGAAGAACAGCUGGAAUGUGAUGUUGAAUUUGCCCAAGGAGAUGGAGUCCAAAGGCCAGGUGGUUCUUGCUGGGUCUCAGUCUCGGAUGGCCAUUUAUGCACGCGAGAAAUCCCAGCAGGACAGGUAUACCUUUGUGAGGCAUGAAGUCUCCUGCGAGUAUUACUGGCUGAGACUCCUCCCAAGACCUUCCUUGCUGUCCCCUCACUUCUCCCGCGAUGUACAGAACCUGUCAAGUAAGUACGACCCUGAUGAGUACCAGCAUUUCAUUGACAUCUACGGCACACACUACAUCAGCCAGGCACAGCUGGGCGCGAGGGUACGCAACUUGCUGCCUGUGCGAACUUGCGCAGCGACCUUGGCAGGUAUAACAGCGUCUGACAUCAAGAACUGCCUCACCUUGGAAGCAUCUCAAGGCUGGAUAUCCCAUUCGUUAAGCGACAAAUGCCCAGAACUUCAGGGGAACCAAGCUAAAAGGGUGUUCAGGGAAGCCUAUGGCCAGCGGCGCACGGAGAUAGUGGGAGGGAGCAGCCAGCCAGAGCUGCUGUUUGCAGAAGUCCAGCUGUUUUUAGAUUGGAUGAAUAAUGUCACAAUGUAUCCUGGUGUCGUUUCAUAUUCCCUCCAACCAAUCCAUACUUUGGUGGAUCGUGGAAACCCACGGAGGGCAAUACUGAAGAGAGCCGUGAGGAAAUACAUAGAUCAGAGGGCCCUUAGCAGGAACUGCGUGAAUCGGUGCCCUGACGGGAGAUACCCUAGUUCAGAAGACUCUUGCAGAUGCCUAUGCCGUCCUGAUUCCUUCACUGACACCACAUGCUGCGCCCGGGAGUGGGGCGUUGCCCACCUACAGGUCCACAUCGUGAAGGGAUAUUCCCUGUGGGGCGACCCCUUCACUGCUGCUGAUGCCUAUGUCAAAGUCUUCUUCCAAGGAUGGGUAAUGCGGACAAGCCCCAUCCAGGACAACAACAAUCCCUAUUGGUCAAAAACUCUGGACUUUGAGAUGGUAAAACUGACCCAAGGUGGCAAUAUAUUGAAACUCGAGAUCUGGGAUCAGGAUAUCCAUUACGAUGACCUAUUGAAAACUUGUUAUGAGUAUUUGGUGGCUGGGGGUAAGAAAUGGAAAACAUGUCAUCUGUCUCAGGGACGUAUAGAGUACUACUAUGUGCUGGAGUGUGGCCCUGCUUUGGGAGGCCCCAGUUGCCAUGACUACGUUCCUCAGAAGGUCUAACCACCCAGCAGAGGCGUACCAGGGGGAUAUGGCAUCUGGGGCAACAUCUGCUCCAGGCGCCCC